AUGGCUAACCUUGUCAUCCUCGUGUCGUCACUGCUGCUGCUCGCAGCGCUACCGACACCCACACGAUCCCACGGAUCUGGCGAGCCGCAAAUCACGCCACCCGGGGCAUCUCGCGACGCGGACGCCAGUAUGUACAUCGUGCGCCUGCGGUCCGCGCCCCCGCUCGCCGCAUACCGCGGCGAAAUCGCCGGCUAUCCCGCCAUCGUCGCUACCAGCAGCGGCGACGACCCUGGCGACGGCGACGGGGAAGACGACUCAUGGGCGGCGUUGCAGCGGUCCGUUGGCGCGACGACGGGCUCCGGGAAUUCGCGAAGCGAAGCGGACAGCAGCUCGGGGAAUCCGACGCUCGAAAAUCCGGGCAGUCUGAAGGAGGCUUCGGGAAAUCCCGCGGCUGGGCGGGCGCGGAUGAGCAUGCGCGCUCCCCAUGUGCGCGCGUACGCGGAGAUGCUGGCGCGGAUGCAGGCGGAGGUUGCUUCGGAAGUCGAGCUUGACGCGAAAUUAAUGAACCAGCCCUCCCUCCUCUCCCCAUCUACUCCGCGCACGAAUCAGCUACAAGCACGUCACCAACGGAUUCGCCGCGCUGCUCUCCCCCGCGCAGCUCGCCACCCCGCCGUCGCCUCCGCGCGCCCCAGCCGCCCGCUCCGCCCCGACACCAUCGACUCCCCCGCAUUCCUAGGGCUCGCGGAACGCUCAGGCGCGCAAAACCGCGCCAACCACGGAAGCGGGGGGAUGUGGCGCGCGCUUGGCGGGCAGCAGCGGGCGGGGGAAGGGAUGGUGGUGGGGGUCAUAGACUCAGGGAUUUGGCCCGAGCAUCCGUCGUUUAGCGACAGGAACUUCAGCGCGAGCCGGCCAAAUGGAUGGUCAGGAUCGUGCGAUGCCACGUCAGACUUCCGGUGCAACAACAAGAUAAUCGGGGCGCGGAUUUUCAACGCGGCAUUUCGAGCGAAGCACCGGAAACCAGAUCUGACCACCGAUUGGCUUUCGCCGCGAGAUGGAUUCGGGCAUGGCACCUGGUGUGCUGGUCUUCCUUCUACCUACCACGCGCGACCCCUGCCAUCACCCAUCCCCACUCCACUCCACCCCUACCCACCCACCCUCACCCUCACUGUCCCCCCAGCCCCCCACCACACACGCCCACUCUUAUACCCGCCUUCCCUCCUUCCUGCUCUGCUCCCCACCUCAUCCACUCAUCCCCCCCCCUCCUUCAUCCAUCCCCCCCCCCCUCCUUCAUCCAUCCUCCCCCCCUCCUUCAUCCAUCCUCCCCCCCUCCUUCAUCCAUCCUCCCCCCCUCCUUCAUCCACCCCCCCCCUUCCCCCAUCCACCCCCCCUCUUCCCCCAUCCAUCACCCCCCCUUCCCCCAUCCAUCCCCCCCCCUUCCCCCAUCCAUCACCCCCCCUUCCCCCAUCCAUCCCCCCCCCUUCCCACAUCCAUCCCCCCCAUCCCCCAUCCAUCCCCCUUCACAGCGCGGCAGCGGGCAACAGCGGGGUGCCCAUGGCGGGCGGCAGGGCGAGCGGCAUGGCGCCAGCAGCGCGCCUCGCAGCCUACAAGGUCUUCUGGUACUCCCGAGGCGACCGCCCGGAGUUCCGAGCGCUGGGCGGCGAAUCUGCGGAUCUUCUGGCGGCGGUGAAUCAGGCUGUAGCGGACGGCGUGCAUGUGCUGUCCAUUUCUCUCUCGGCCGACGACCCUGAAACCACGUACUUUGAUGACGUGGCAUACAUGAACGCAAAUCUGGCUGUAGCGGACGGUGUGCAUGUGCUGCCCAUCUCCCUCUCGGCCGACGACCCCGAUGCCACGUACUUUGAUGACGUGGCAUACAUGAAGGCAAACCUGGCUGGGGUAGCAGUGCUCGUGUUACCGGGCAGAAACAGUCACCGUGUGAGGGCAUCCGCUGUCCUCCCUCACCAGAUCCCUCCCCCUCACACUCUCCCCUCCGUCCCUGCAGGCGGGGGUAACGGUGGUGAUGCGGGUGUAACGGUGGUGAUGUCAGCGGGCAACAACGGGGCGCCUCUUUCAAACCCCCUGGGCACAUACCGCACCAUCACCAACUUCUCGCCCUUCUACCUCACCGUGGGGGCAAGCUCCAUUACACGAGGAGGCGUAUCCCUCGCCUCUUCUCCUGCAUCAGACGAAGAACACAGGAGCAGUGAAGCAGAAACUGACAAUCAGCUGGAAGCGGAAACACACCAGAACACUUCAGCAGCCAUUGCCACAGUAGGGGCCGAUUCAACAGACUCCACAACAGCCAGCAGCAGCAGCGCUGAAUCACCACCGCAACCUGCUUCAUCCAUCACAGUAGCACCCUCAUCUGCCACCGCCCUUGCUCCACCCGCUCCAGUCGUGGCUGCCUUCUCCUCCUCCGGCCCUCUCCACCGCCCCUGGUCCCGCCCUCCCCCAGGCCACGCCACCAACAGCCUCUUAAAGCCCGACGUCAUCGGCCCAGGGGUCGACCUCUGGGCGGCAUGGGUCGGCACGGUUCCAGGGAAGGCAGGGGGGAGGGGCGGGCGAGGGGGGGAGGCUUUGCAAAUGUCGGGGACGUCGAUGGCGACGCCUCACUUGGCGGGCAUUGCUGCUCUCAUCAUGCAGAAGUACCCCAAGUGGAGCCCCGCGCAGGUCAUGUCCGCCAUUAUGACCACCGCCAUAACUCGGAACACCAAGGGGAGGCGCAUUUUGAAUGAUCGCGGUGUGGCUGCUACCCCUUGGGAGAUGGGAUCCGGGCAUGUGUUUCCCAGGAGGGCUUUAAACCCUGGGCUGACGUACGAUGCCCGGAGAUGGGCUUAUGUGAAUUUUCUUGCCGGGCAGGAUUAUCGGGCAGCCAAGAAGGAGUUUCCGGGUACGAAGAUUUACCGGAAGAAGGCGUGGAAUUUCAACCUCCCAACGAUUUCGGUGGCGAGGUUGAAAGGGACAGUGGAUGUGUUUAGAACGGUGGUGAGUGUUGCGAGUUUGAGUUGCACGUACAAGGCACGUGUGACUGAGCCUCCAGGAGUUCGGAUCAUGGUUCAGCCAGGCCAUUUCACAAUUUAUCCUGGAAAAGCAGUCACGUCCGCGGCUCCCUCUAAGAACGUCCCCGUAAAGAAGCAGCUACGAUCAGAGGACGGAAUUUUCGGCACGUCGGGCGGUUUCGGCUUCACGAAGGCCAACGAGCUCUUCGUGGGCCGUGUCGCGAUGCUCGGCUUCGCCGCUUCGCUCCUGGGCGAGGCCGUCACCGGACAAGGCAUUCUCUCGCAACUCAACCUCGAAACCGGCAUUCCCAUCACGGAAGCCGAGCCGCUCCUCCUCUUCUUCAUCGCAUUCACCGUGCUCGGCGCGAUCGGCGGGCUGGGCGAUCGCGGGCGAUUCGUGGACGACGAGCCGGUGGGGCCACCCGUGAAGCCCGGGAGUUUCAAGGCAGCGCUUGGUCUGAGCGAGGACGGGCCGCUGUUCGGGUUCACCAAGGCGAACGAGCUUUUCGUGGGGCGCAUGGCGCAGCUCGGGUUUGCUGCGUCGCUGAUCGGCGAGGUGGUGACGGGACGGGGCGCAUUGGCGCAGUUGAACAUUGAGACGGGGCUGCCGGUCUGGGAGCUGGAGCCGCUGCUGCUCGCGAGCAUCGCAUUCUUCUUCGUCGCGGCGAUUAACCCCGGUACUGGCAAGUUCAUUAACGACGAGGAGUGA